UCAGGGAGCUCCUAUGGUGUGGCAUAAAAGAUUAUGCGUGGAGAAGAGCUGUCGAACUUUGACCAAUCUGCUUCUGAAAUAGAACGGGACCUUGCAGCUCGCCGAGAUUCAUAAAGUCAAGGCCAUUCCCCUACAUGGACUUUGAUUCUUGUCCUGAACAGUAGCUGCAAUUUGAAUUCACCGUACAGUCAACUGUUAGCACCAUGGUUUCUCGAAGCAUCCUCGCACUCUGCCUUGCGGCAACCGUUUUUGGUCACGGCGACCACGACGACCACCAGAAGUCCAUGUCCGGACCUCACCAGUCUCUCUGGUACAACACGAUCCCGGGUGACGGCGGUACUCAGGCCGACUCUGUAUUCUCGGGCAUUUCCACCUUUGGUCGUCUGCCGUACCAGUCGUGCCUGGGCGCAAAGAAUGUCAAGUAUGACAUUGCCUUCAUUGGAGCCCCCUUCGACACGGGUACUUCGUACCGCCCUGGUGCCCGUUUUGGCCCGUCAGGAAUCCGCCAGGGCUCGCGCCGUCUGAACCUCUACGGAGGCUACAAUGUGCCAUUGGCUACGAACCCUUUCAGCAGUUGGGCUACUGUUCUGGACUGCGGAGACAUUCCGGUCACAUCAUACGACAAUACGUGGGCUCUGCACCAGAUCGAAGAGGGACACUUUGAGAUCCUCUCGCGCCAGCCUGCCACAGACGCGGCGAAGAAGGGACCUGCGAAGAACGAGCGCACCCUGCCUCGUGUCAUCACUCUGGGUGGUGACCACACCAUCACGCUGCCUCUCCUGCGCUCUAUCAACCGUGCCUACGGUCCCGUGUCUGUCAUCCACUUUGACAGCCAUCUUGAUACCUGGCGCCCCAAGGUCUUUGGCGGGUCUCCCUCGGAGGUCGCCAGCAUCAACCACGGCACCUACUUCUACCAUGCCGCUCAGGAGGGUCUGCUGCGCAACGACUCCAACAUCCACGCUGGUAUCCGCACGACGCUCAGCGGACCCAGUGACUACGAGAACGACGGAUACUGCGGCUUCGAGAUUGUUGAGGCUCGCGAGAUUGACAAGAUUGGCACGGAUGGCAUCAUCAAGAAGAUCAUUGACCGUGUCGGCACAAAGAACCCGGUCUACCUCUCUUUGGAUAUCGACACGCUUGACCCUGCUUUCGCUCCUGCUACCGGUACCCCUGAGACGGGUGGCUGGUCCACUCGCGAGCUUCGCACCAUCCUUCGUGGACUGGAGGACCUCAACCUGAUUGCCGCUGAUAUCGUGGAGGUUGCUCCUGCUUACGAUACGAACGCCGAGCAUACCACCAUGGCCGCCGCGGAUGCGCUCUACGAGAUCAUGAGCAUCAUGGUCAAGCGCGGACCCCUCAGCGCCAUGGUCAACCAGACCGAGGUCUACGAGGAGCUUUGAGGGAGAGGUAUUACAGUAUGGUGGCAAGAAUGAAACAAGACGGCCCUUACGCAAUUAAGAGUAGGGAUAUAGGACGGAUUUUUGGUGGUAUGUGGUCCUCUCGACGGUACAGGCGUUGUCGCAGGUUGGAGUUGUGACUGCAAAAGUUGGUGGACGUUGGUUGUGGUUCAUAGGUGUGCGUUGGAUGUAGUCAAUGAAUGAACGCUUUUUGAAUCCGAGGAGUCCCUGAACCUAUCUCUAUGGCCCCAGACCAUCUUAAUAGACAGCCGAGUCCACAUCGAAGGUAUAGGUAGUAGAUUGCAACGAUACGUACUCAAGAAAGAGUCACGAGCAUCCAAGUGAAAUUCACAUUGGUC